GGCGCGAUGCGGGCGGCGCUGCGGGCGCAGCUCGGGUGGGCGCGCCGGGCGCUCCGCGGGGCCGCCGUGCUGGGCCGCGCCCCGGGGCCGCCGUGCUGGAGCUGCGGCGCCGCGCUCCCCGGCGGCGAUGGGCCGCCGCGCUUCUGCCCCGGCUGCCAGGCUCUGCAGCCGCCGGCACCGCGGCCUGACCUCUUCCGCCUGAUGGACUGUGACCGCUCCUUCCGCAUCGACGAGCGGCAGCUGCGGCGGCGGUUCCGGAGCCUGCAGCGCGCCGUCCACCCCGACCGCUUCGGCCAGAGGCCGCCGCUGGAGCUGAGUGGAGUGGAGCCAGUACAAGAGACAGACUGUGAUGCAGACUCAGCAUUCCUUAUGGAAAUCAUGGAAAUUAACGAGAAGUUAGCAGAGCCCAAAAAUGAGGAUAAGCUUGAAGAAAUUGAAACUUUAAUUAAAGUUAAACAAGAAGAACUGACCAGAGAGGUGGCUGCAGCUUUUGAAAGAGAUGAUCUUCAAGAAGCCAAGAAGCUGCUAGCAAAAAUGAAGUAUUUUGCAAACUUAGAGGAUAAACUAAAGGCCAAGAAGGUCCCUUCCUGAUGUUGCCUCCUUUGCUAUUAAGAGUUAGUGUUAUUUUCAAUUAAACAGAUGGUUUUGUUAUCAAAAUCAGACCAACGGUGUUUGUUUCCUAUACUUCCAUUAAAAGCUGAGAGAAGGAAAAUAAAUGUAAUAUUAAAAAUAAAAUAAAGAAAAUAAAUUAAAAUAUAUAAAUUAAUAAAAUAAAUAAA